ACGGAGAGGAGGAGGAGUCGAAGAAAAAGAAAAAAAAAAAGGCUUUUGACAGCACUGCGUCGAGUAUCCGUAUUCGUAUCUCUAUAUAAAUCAAAGGAAAAAGUAUUCGCAUGAAGGGGCCGUUAGAUCGAUCAAAAGUAGUGCUGCGGCACUUGCCGCCGACAAUUUCUCAGUCCAUGCUUCUUGACCAAGUUGAUUCCCGAUUCGCUGGUCGAUACAACUGGUUCUGUUUUCUACCCGGCAAGUCCAGUCAGAAGCAUCAAACUUAUUCAAGAGCCUAUAUUGAAUUUAAGAGGCCAGAAGAUGUUAUCGAGUUUGCGGAGUUCUUUGAUGGACACGUUUUUGUAAACGAGAAAGGCACUCAGUUCAAAACUAUUGUUGAGUAUGCUCCUUCACAGCGUGUUCCACAACACUGGUCCAAGAAGGAUGGCCGUGAAGGAACCAUCUUGAAAGAUCCUGAAUAUCUGGAGUUCCUUGAAUUUAUCUCAAAACCUAUUGAGAAUCUUCCGAGUGCAGAAAUACAGUUGGAAAGAAAGGAAGCUGAACGCGCGGGUUCUGCAAAGGAUGCUCCUAUAGUUACUCCUUUGAUGGAUUACAUACGUCAGAAAAGAGCCGCCAAGAGUGGAGCUCGGAAAUCUAUAGCUAAUGGAAGACCAACCAGAAGAGCGAGUGGCACAUCCGCAGGAAGUCCUAGCUCAAGUGCGUCUAAACGAAGCUCUGAAAAGAGACGGGCUUCCACUACCAUGUAUGUUCUUCGAGAUAGUUCUAAGGCUGGGAGUGGCAAAGACAAAACAUAUAUUCUAGCUCCAAAACGUGAUGAUCAGCAGCGUGCUGAGAAGUCUGGUACCUCUGCUCCUGGAUCUGUGGCUAAUGCAGUUGAAGAGGAAACUGGUGGAGCUGCCGAUGUUGGGAAGAAGAAAAUCCUGCUCUUGAAGGAAAAGGAAAAAGAAAAUCCUAAUAACCAGCGUCGUGAGGCAAGUGGAAGAAUCAUUAGAAGUAUUCUUCUCAAGGAUGCUCGUCAAAAUCAGGCCCCAUCUGCAUCCCAACAAGAAAAACACAGGGUGGAUAAGGACAAAAAGCCUCCUAGGCCACCAAGUGUCCAGUUGUUUCAGAGAGAAACUAAUGGAGCUAAUGAAGAUAGGGUUCUUGGAGCUGAUUUGCAUGUUGUCCACACUGAGAAACAGGAAAAACGCACUAGGAUCAGGGAUAGGCCGGAUCGUGGUGUUUGGACUCCUCUUCGUCGUUCUGAUAGUUUACAUGCUAGUGAUGAAUCUUUAUCUUCAUCUGCCUCUCAAUCUUCCGAAGUGCCAGAUUUUGUUGAAGGAAGUCCAGGUGAAACCAAACAUGGUCUGGUAAAUGCUCGUGUUGCGGAGUUCAGACCCAUGGGAAGUGGACGUAAUUCUCAUUCUUCUUUUGAUAAUGGUACUUAUAAACAUGGUGGUCGUCGUGGUAUGAGGGACGAUGGAAUUUCAGUAGGGGAAGGAAAGCCCUUAAGAAGGGGAGGUCCUUCUAGCUAUAAUACCCAUGAGAAACAAGUGUGGGUCCAAAAGUCAAGUUCUGGUACUUAGUUAUUUCUCUAACGCGAAAUACUUGGUUUUUACCAUAUAAGGUGCAUGUCUAGUGGCUGGAGCUCUCUUUGUUGACACAUCAUGUAUGAGCAAAGUUGAUGGAGCAAAGAUAAGGAUUUGAAGGCCUUGAUGGAAUUUUUGACUUGCCAGGGUGAUCUAAAAACUGGUAUAUACUGCUAAAGUAGCAUUGAACUUACUAAAUCUAAGAUGGUUGGAGUAGGAGCAAGAAGGAAGAAAGUCGUGUCAGUGACAUAUAUACACCACAAUUUUCAGCUGGUGUACCUUAUGGGAUCUUUUUGUCGGAGCUGUGGGUAUCCUUGUUCCUGUGAUCGGCUCAUUAUCAAAUAAUAUAGUUCUAUAGAUGGAAGAUUUCCUUUGUUAAAACUGUAAAUACAAAUGUGGAAUUGUGUGAAGAGUGCGCCCAUUAAUCCUACACAUAUGCUGAUUACACCAUGUUAGUUCUAAUCUUGACUGAUUGAAGAUUGUCAAAGAAGGAAAGCUUGGAGUAUGCUCUGCCAUCUUUGUGGAGGCUUAUUAUAGUCGCGUCUAAGCAGGUGGUAUUGCCAAGGCAUUGAACAGAUGGAUUCACUUGUUUUUUUUUGGUCUGGAUUUUGGGGUAUGCUUGUGUAAAGUGUGUUUGCUGAAAUGAAAGAGCAUCUUGAUCUGUCUGUCUAAAAAGAGUUGGUUCAGUUUAUGUGUAUACGGUUGUAGAUUAAUUUUUGUUGUACUUUUCUGGGGUACUUUCCUCUUGUUUGUUUCGUCUCCUGGUGAAAAAAGCACCUUAUUUUUUUGUUAAAAAAAAUGCAACUUGCUACACCCA